GAGAGACUAGUCCAACUUCCUUUAUUUUACAGAUGAGGAAACAGAAGUCCCGAGGGAUGAAGUAACUUUUCCACGCAGCUCACAGUAUUUUUGUGUGGGUGGGACGAGGUAGUGUUAAUUCUCCCAGUAAAGGAGAAGGAAUAAGCCCAGAGGAAGAAGGAACUCCCAGAAACUGGAUGAGAUGUCUGGGACAUCUCAGCAAAGAAGAUGUUAAGUUUUUUCCGUCGAACACUUGGGCGCCGGUCAAUGCGAAAGCAUGCUGAGAAGGAACGUCUAAGAGAAGCCCAGCGAGCUGCUACACACAUUCCUGCAGCUGGAGAUGCCAAAUCCAUUAUUACAUGUAGGGUGUCGCUGCUAGAUGGAACUGAUGUUAGUGUGGAUCUGCCGAAAAAAGCCAAAGGACAGGCUCUCUUUGACCAGAUCAUGUACCAUCUGGACUUGAUUGAAAGUGACUACUUUGGACUGAGAUUCAUGGAUUCAGCACAAGUGGCACAUUGGUUGGACAGUACAAAAAGCAUCAAAAAACAAGUUAAAAUUGGUUCACCAUAUUGUCUGCACCUCCGUGUUAAGUUUUACUCCUCAGAACCAAACAAUCUUCGUGAAGAGCUGACAAGGUAUUUAUUUGUUCUUCAGUUAAAACAAGAUAUUCUCAGUGGAAAAUUGGAAUGUCCUUUUGACACAGCAGUCCAGUUGGCAGCUUAUACAUUGCAAGCUGAACUUGGUGACUAUGAUCUUGCUGAGCAUGGCCCUGACCUCGUGUCUGAAUUCAGAUUUGUGCCCAUUCAGACAGAAGAGAUGGAACUAGCCAUUUUUGAGAAAUGGAAAGAGUACAGGGGUCAAACACCAGCACAGGCUGAGACCAACUAUCUGAACAAAGCCAAGUGGCUAGAAAUGUAUGGAGUGGAUAUGCACGUAGUAAAGGCUCGAGAUGGAAAUGACUAUAGUUUAGGACUCACCCCAACGGGAGUCCUAGUAUUUGAAGGAGAAACCAAAAUUGGAUUAUUUUUUUGGCCCAAGAUUACUAGAUUGGACUUCAAGAAAAACAAAUUAACUUUGGUCGUUGUGGAAGAUGAUGAACAGGGCAAAGAACAGGAGCACACAUUUGUCUUUAGACUAGAACACCCAAAAGCUUGCAAACAUUUAUGGAAAUGUGCUGUGGAACAUCAUGCCUUCUUCCGUCUCAGAGGACCUGUACAGAAGGGGUCUAAUCGAUCAGGAUUUAUUCGUUUAGGUUCACGAUUCAGAUACAGUGGGAAAACCGAGUAUCAGACCACAAAAACCAAUAAAGCAAGAAGGUCCACGUCCUUUGAAAGGCGACCCAGCAAACGUUAUUCCCGACGAACACUGCAGAUGAAAGCAAAUGCAACAAAACCUGAUGAAUCCAGUCUCCAGAAGAAUGUUUCAACCCAGAAUAAUGGAUCUCAACAAGUUAGGGGUACAAGAUUGCCUGUAAUCUCUUCUAUUCCUUCCGGUCCUAUUCUGGUGGAGAUAGAGAAUCUUCCAAGGAGUCCAGGAAUGAGCCACCAUGACAGAAAAUGCUUGCCUCUGACUGAUUUACUAGACGACAGUGAGUUGUUAGAUGUGACUGCUGAGAAGACUGAGGGAGUUCCUGGAACCCAGGGAACAUCUGUGGCCCCUGAAGAAAUCAGUAUGGCUGCCAGUGAGCCUGGUCUCAAGGAAGCUAUUGUCGAGUGUGGUGAAUUCAGUGAUACCUCUGUGAAACUCAAACUACUAGAGAUGGAGAACUGUUCUUCAACAUCUUCUAAACCCAAUAUCAACAUUAAUGUGAACAAACAGGAAGAAGUUGUGAAGUUGACAGAGAAAUGUCUUAAUAAUGUCAUUGAGAGUCCUGGAUCAUCUUCUUUGAGGAUUCCUCCGGACAUCAAGAGCAACAUCCUAAAAGCUCAAGUGGAAGCGGUUCAUAAGGUCACAAGAGAAGAUGAAACAUUGAGUCAUAAAAACUCCAAUGUUCAAGAUAAUGUUUUCAGCAAUGUAUUAAAAGAAGACAACAAAGUCCUCAGUCCAGAACACACAAUGAUUCUCACACAUCCAAAUGCUGUGGAAGAGAAUUCCAUUUUAAAGAGUGCCACUGAUGAAUUGGAUGCCCUGCUAUCAUCCCUAACAGAGAAUCUGAUUGAUUUAGCUGCUGUACCUCCGGUGUCUUCCUUAUCCUCAGUUACACCUCGGUGGAUUGUACCAACCAGGACCCUUUCCAAUGGAAUCUCAGGGAAUGAAGUGACUCCAGCAAGGAAAGAGGAAUGUGGUGACCCAGAGGGGCUCUCCUUGGUGUCUCAGCCAGGGCCCUUCCUCGUGGAUGCUGUGACCACCUCUGUCCCGGGCCUGGCUGAGGAAGCCUUGAGGAAGCAGCGAAAAUGUCUGCUCACUACGGAGCUGUGAGAGGCCCCCCACGGAGAUGCCCGCAGCCCUGCCCGGAAGUCCGUCCUAGAACCGCCCGGGGCUGUCGAUGUGCUCAGCGCUCCGCUUCCCAUCACAGACUCAUAAAACGCCCUUCUGACUCCCCUUCUCCGCAAGAAAGCAAAAGUUCCCCACCCACCAGCACUGUCACCCACGUCGGCCCACCCACUCUCCUCCCGUGACGUGACUUCUGCCCUUUCCCGGGAGAGUCUCCAUGUCCCCAGGCCAGGAUGCUGGGCCUGUGGCUGGAGACGGGAGGGCUCUGGCGCCAUCUGGCGGCUGUGCCCAGUCAUGGCGUCCCGGAGCCCAGCGGGGCUUUAUGGUACAAACCGAGUCUCACUCCCUUCUCCUUUCCUUCCUUCUUUCUUUUCCUUUCAAGCUUGCUUUUAAUCUUGAUGUUCUUGAGAGCCAUUGACGUUUCCUAGGAAAUAGCCGGAAACGGGAGGGCGCUGGGCGAGGGACCUGGGCCUGUAGUGUAGCCAGGCAGGCCAGGACGCCUAGUAUGCAACUAGGAAAGGCGCGAGGAAAAUUGUGGAAAGCCACCCCAAUCACUGACUGGCUUGUUUCCCGCAUCCUAACUCGGGGGGGGGGGGGGGGAGGGGGGGGGAGCCAACACGCCCGUGGAACAAGCACUAGCGGCGCUGAGCUGGCCAGCGUCUAUCAGGAGAGCCGGUCCAGGCAGUUCUUGUACCUGUGGAUGUUGCUUCAGGGGCGCUUAUCCUUCUGACCAGAGCUCGGAUAAAAGGAGCCACUGGAAGUCCUGGCAGGCGUGCACUCCCGCCUGACCCACCCGCCGCUGUGGUCUUGUCACCGAGUUCCCUUGGAGACUAGUGUGGUCCGUGGUGGCUGCUCUAGAGGCGGGCCGAUGUUGGAGGGGCCCCAGACCGACCCUGAAGCCACAGGACAGGGACAGGGACCAGAACCAUUGACUUCUGAUCACGUUACCUGCAGGGGUUGCUGUGGGAGUCUCCCCGGGAGCUCUGGCUGUCUCAAACUCAGGGAAAUAAGGAGACGCGGGCUGCCUCUCCAGGGGGACGAUUAUGCCACGAGUCACCGAUGCCCUUUUGGGUUUAGGUUCCCUUUUAGAAUGAGCUGAAUGCAAACAGAGUUUGUCCACCGAGUCCUUGUUGGAGCACCUGCCAUCUCCCAAAGCCUAUCUAGAAAAAACUGCUGGUCCAGGAAGGAACUGACAUUGCAGUGAGAAAUGUGGCAUUUAUCAAUAGCUUCCCUGAGGUUUCUUGGCAUUCCCAGUCAUUGUGCAGAGCAGUCUCGAGACGAAAACCUACUUCUCCAUGCCUAACUGCACCCAGGAUAGGUUUCCUAAGAGGAUGGAUGAGUCCGGCCUGGGCCUGGAGGGCCUGCUCACUUGGAAAACAAAGACCCUCUCAGCCUUCCCAGGAUAAUCCCGGGCACCGGCUGAGCCAGGACAUGGGGAGGAAGGACUUGAAAAUCUUAGUGAAACCGUGGCCAGCUCUCUGAAAUUUGGGGUCAUUGUGGAUCCUGGGAUCUAUCACUAGAAGCUUCUUUUCAGCUGCUGCGCGAAAAUAUUCUCCGCGAUGCCCAUCUUUGGGACUGUCCAACGCUUGGACCGUUCAGCCCCCCGGAACAUCAAAGGCUUUGGCUUCAAAUGCCUGUUCUUCCACCGGCGUGCGCCUGGUAAACAGAGGGCCGCGUCUGGCAGGAUGGGAGCUGUUUUCAGCUGCGUUAGUGGUUAAACCCCUUCCUGUACCGCAUACUGCCUUUGUUUGGGGGAAACGUGACACUUCCCAUGGACCACUUCUCCUUACCACUGCUCUGUAAGUGACCUCGAAAGACUCGUCUGUGGCUUUGCUGGGGGAACCACCAUGGCUUAAGGAAAGAUCUGCUCCCUGCUGUCAGGUUUGCUUAGAGCAGCGUUCUCAACCUCUCCGUUUGUAGCAAUGAGAAUACAUAAUGCGUAUCAGGUAUUGACAUUCCGAAUCAUAACUGGAGCAAAAUGACAGUUUUGAAGUAGCCACCAAAAUAAUGUUUUUAUUUGGGGUCACCGCAACACGAGGAACUGUAUUGCGGGGUCACGGCAUUAGAGAGGUUCAGAACCACUGCUCUAGAGGGUUCCCCCAAGCGGGUGCCACACCUGGAAUCUGGGGUUUAGCCUCUGGUAGGUUGAAUUGGGCAAAACACUCCCAUUCUCAGUGGUAUUGGGAUUAAUCCCGGAAGCACCAGAACAUUCAGUUUGGGCACAGACCACUGAGCUUUUAAAGUUCUUGAGAUGUGUGAAGCAGACUACAUUUUCUUUCCAGCAAUCAUAGAACAAUCCAGCUGGCAGGGACCUUAGAGCUCAUCUUGUCCAGUCCUUAUAGUUUACAGAUUAAGAAACUAAAGUCAGAGAGCUGAUAUGACUUGUUCUUAGGUCACACAAAAAGUUAUACAUAUAUCUAUAAUAUACAUAUUACGACCCACAUAUUGAUCUUACUAGAAUAGCGUAUUACCUAGGGCCUAUUAAAACACAGGUGCAGGAUAGCUGGGGAAAAAAUCAUCUCACCCUUGCAUUUUCAUUUUCUCAAAUUCCUAUUUGGCCAAGAUAGGGCCUUUUAAAAGAUUUAUUUGAAAAUUUAUUUGAAUUCCAGUUGAGAGAUUUAACAAUGGUGUCUUUAAGAUUUUGCAUCUCAUUGCACAAUACUUAAAUAUGGAGAUAGCAUUCACUAGUAAGCAUUAGACCAGGCAGUUGAGUUUAUAAUGCCUUGCAUAUAGCAGGCACUUAAUAUUUAUGGGAACUGUUAGGCAGGGAACAAGAUUUCAACUGCCACCAAAACGUUUGGCAUCCUUUCCCUCUUAAUGUGUGCGUACUUUGAAUAGCUUCUCCUUGUACCUCUAGCUCUUUUGGAUGUGAAUUCUGUGGCUGGUCAUAUAUUAACAGAAGAGACUGGGAAGGAGAAAAGUCAGUGUCUUUUAGAUAUGAUAAAUGGGCACUAUGUAUUGUAUAUGGAGAGGAAGAAAGGACACUUAUUUUGUAACUGAAGGUUCUAUCUAGAAUUUUAAGAUUGUAGAAAAAAUGGCACGAAGAGCAGAAUAUUUGCAAGUGAAAAUAGGCUAGUAACAUUUUUAAACACAUAGCUUGAUUUCUUGUCGGGGUACUAGGUUUACCUCCAAAAUCUUUUCAUCAUAUCCAAGUAUCAAUCCAAAAUAACUGAUUAACUUUUCAGUAGCAAGAUGAAAACCCCAUACAGAAGCUUUUAAUUAAUUUGAGUAAUUAGAGCAUGUUUUCAUAUUCAGAGGAAGAGAAGAGCUGGGGAAAUAGUUUGUUUGAUCAUCAUAUUUUAGAAAGCUGUUCAGAUUCUUGAGUUGGAAGAACACUUGGAUGUAAUUUACAGCAGAGAUAAUAGGCUGAGGUAGGCAAAAAUGGCAGACAAGCUGCUUCAGCCAUAAGAUUCUCUACCCUGGUUAUGUCAUUUCCAGAUGCCAACAGGCAGAUCUGGCUUUUGCUUUUUGCUUAUUAACCCAUUAGAUACAAAGAUAAUAAUAUGUGUACAUCUUAACACAUUUGCAAGAAUCUAAAAUGUAGAAUAACCUGUAUAAUUUGAGGAAAACUACCUCUUUCUCCCCAGUUUGUUAUUUCAGAUUGUUCCUGAAGAAUCCCUUGCAAAAGAAUGUCCAGAAUUUCACACAUGAAUUAGAAGGGAUUUCAGAGGCCAGAUAGUAUAAUUCUCCCUCAUUUUACAGAUGAGAAAGCUACAGUUCACAGAGGAUAAGGUAUUUGCCAAGAUCACAUGUGGUGUUAAAGGUCACACAAAAAUAAGGACCAUGACAAUAUACUUUAGAACCAUAUCCUCUGACUUCAAAUCCAGUGUUCAUUCUGUUGUAUCAUACUGUUUUCUAAGCUAUCUACUCCAACUCAUGCUUGAAUAAGAAUCCCUUUGAAAAUAAUUUCAACAAGUGGUCAUCUAGCCUCUGCUCAAAGACCUUUCAAUAAGAGGAAUUCACCUGCUUCCCAAGACAUCCCAAUUCAUUUUGGAUAGCUCUAAUAUUUUUUCUUUCAUCAAACUGGAAUCUGCCUGUCUAGGACUAAUACUCUUUCUUUUUUUUUUUCCAUUUGAAAGAUCUUUAUUAAUUGUCUCUUCUAAAUUUUCUGUUUUCUAUAGUGAACAUCCAUAGUUUCUUCAACUGAUUCUUUGUCUCCCCUCCUCUCAUUAUUUUGAUAUCUUUCAGGGUCUGCUUCAUCUUAUCAGUGUGGCAAGUCCUAAAAAAAAUAUGUUACCUAGAACUUAACACAACCCAUUUAUAGUUUGACACAACAUAGUGGGACUCUGAUCUUCCUUGCUCUGGUACUUCUAUUUUUUUUUAAAGCGACAUCAUUGUAUCUAACUUCUUUUUUUAAAACUCAGUUUAUUUCCAGUUUCAGAUUCUCUCCCACCUUCCUUCUCAAUCCUCUAUCCAUUGAGAAGGCAAGAAAAACAAAACCUACUAUAAAUAUUUAUACUCACAUAAAACAAAUUCCCACAUGGGCCAUAUCCAAAAAAGAAAGAAAGAGAAAAAAGUAAGCUUCAAUCUGUACUCUGAGUCCAUGGGGGACAACAUGUUUCUUCAUGAGUUCAUUACUUUUGUACUGUGUACAUUGUUCUUCUGCCUCUGCUCACUUCACUUUGCAUCAGUUCAUAUAAAUCUUCCCAGGUUUUUCUGAAACUAUCCCUGUCAUCAUUUCUUAUAACUCAACAGUAUUUCAGCACAUUACAUUGUAAUUUGUUCAACCAUUCUCCAAUUGAUGGGUAUCUCCUCAGUUAUAAUUCUUUUCUACAAAAAGAGCUACUAUAAGUAUUUUUGUACAAGUAGACCCUUUCCUCCUAUCUUUGAUCCCUUUGGGAUACAGACUUAAUAGUGGUAUUGCUGGGUCAAAGGAUAUGCACAGUUUGAUGGCCUUUUGGGCCUGGUUCCAAAUUGCUCUCCAGAGUGAUUAUAUCAGUUCACAGCUCCACCAACAGUAUAAUAGUGUCUCAGUUUUUCCACAUCCCCUCCAACAUUUGCCAUUUUCCUUUUUGGGGAACUUAGCCAGUCUGAUAAGUGUUGCACUAUGCUUCUUAAAAACCUGGACUUUUGAAAAAAGCAGCUUUAUGCACUCUACUAUUGAAUUGUAGAAAACACAUAAUCUCCUAAAAUAUGAAGAUUUUUUCCCUAUAAACACUUCUAUACUUCAUACAUUUUCUUUUGAGACCUAUAUAUUUUAGUGUUUAAUUGAUCUUUUCUUUUUUGCAUUAUCACUAUGUCCAUUUCCUCUGUUUUCUCUCCUAGGGAAGACAUUUUGUUUCUUUUGUUUAGGACAUGGAAGAAUUAUACAGGGAUGGGGAUUAUAAUAGUUAGGACAAAGGAUAAAAAGUUAAUGAAACACUUAAAUACAGAAAAAGAAAUAGAAGGUCAGAAACAAACUCAAACAAGAUAGUAUCAUAAUUACUAUGUUAAUUCAUUGUAUACUUUUUAAAAAAGCCAAUAGUUUCAAGUUAGAAUUUUACAUUUAUCUCUUUUAAAUUCCCUUUUACAAAUAGAAUUGGCCCAUUGUUCUAAACGUUCUACAGAAUUUUUGGAAUUCUGUCAUCCAGUGUACUAACUAUUCUCCUAGCUGUGUCACCUGCACAUUUGAUAAGUACAUAUUGGCUGAUUUGAUAUACCUACCAUGUAAGUCAUUGAUAAGAAUGUUAAGCAACAUAGGUUCAAGGACAGAUUGCUGAGACCUCAAAGUUGGCAUCAAGUAAUUCCUUACAAUUCCUUGCUCAACCAUUUCUGAAUUUACUAUGCUAUCAUCUGGACCACAUUUCUCCAUUUUGUUCAUCAGCUCAGGAUGAGGUACUUAGAUAAAUGGUUUUUAUGAAAUUGAGAUUAUUCAUAAAAUUUUCCUCUUAAUAUCCUUAUUAAGAAAGAAAAUGAGACUUGUCUGAUAUGACCUAUUUCUUUUUCUCUCUCAGUACAUAUAUUGUAUUUUCACAAAUACAUGCAACAACAAUUUUCAAUAUAGAUUUUCUGAAAUUGUAAGAUCAAAAUUGUCUCCCUCUUUCCCUUCCUUCCCCUCUCAGAGAUGGUAAGCAAUUUGAUCUCAAUUAUAUUUUUUCAUGUUUUCAUGCAAAAUUUACUUCCAUAUUGGUCAUUAUUGUAAAAGAGUACACAUAUAAAAUCAAAAUUCCCCAAAGAAAAACAAAUAAGCUGAAGUGAAAAAUUGUAUGCUUUGAUCUGCAUUUGACUCCAACAGUCCUUUUUUCUGGAGGUGGAGAGCAUUCUUUGUCAGAAGUAUGACUUGUUUCUUGAAGUUAGAGGCAGCUAGCUAGUGCAAUAGAUAGAAUGCUGGGGCUGGAGUCAGGAAGACUUAGGUUUAAAUUCAGCUUCAAUUACUAGAUGUAUGACCUUGGGCAGGUCACUUAACCUCUAUCUGCCUCAAUUUCCUCAGCUUUAAAAUGGACAUAACAAUAGUGCCUACCUGUUUGUGGGUGUUCUUCCCUCCUUCCCUUCCCUCUCUCCUCCCCUUCCUUUGUCUGUCCCUUCCCCCCUCCCUUUCUCCCUUCCCUUUCCUUCCCUCCCUUCUUUCCUAGUACUGCCUGCCCUUUAAAAUGUUUAGAAAACCUCCCUUUUUUUAUAACACAUUCAAGAAUUUUGCUAAGAAUCAAAAUCAUAUUUACAGUCCAAUUUGAAAUUUGAAGAUUCUACCCUUUAUUGAAACAUAAGAUAAUUGUCCACAUCCUAUCUUGGUGCCUUACCCAUUCACAAUGUUCCAGAGAUCACUUGAGAGUAUCUCAGUAAUCACAGCUGCCAGUUUUCAGUUGGCUGCAAUCAUAUGUAUCCCUGAGAAGUGAUUCCUUUUGGGCUUGUUUCCCAAAGUCAUUGAGGACAGCUGGGUGUACUCUUACUGGGUACUCUUACUGGUAUCACUUAUCUGGGUGUUCCACUAUCCUGCUAAGUAUUUUAUCCUUUGCUACCAAACGAUCUUUCUCCUUUUAGGAAAAAAGACUUAAAUGGUUCACUCUUCUUUUUUCAUCUAUUAUUGACCCAUUGAUCCUUUAAAAAAACCUUGACAUUCUUUGUCAGCCCUGGGUCACUCUGAACCUUGUGCUGCUGCUAACUUUUUUUAGGACCUUGCUACUCUUGUAGUCAUUCUUGUAUUUGCCCUCAGUGCUGCCUUCCAUGUCUUUUCUUUUUUAUGAACUUGAUGUAAACAUUUCUAUAUAUAAGGAAAAUAAAAAGACCAUAUGUGAAACUGAAUCUAUUACAUACAGGCUUCUUUUCAAAAGGAUAUAUUUAGUUUAAUGUAAUUGUACCAAUACUGCUUGUCAGUAUCUCCCAAAAUUCCUGUUCUUCUCUAUGUAUUUUAAUGUGCUGAUGAUCUUUUCUUUUCUGCAUCACUAUUAACUAACCCCCAUCCCUAGGCCCACCCCAACCUCUGUUCCCUUUCAUAAGGAAGGCAUUUAGUUCUUUUUGUUUGGGAGAGGGAAGACCUAUACAAGAAGUGGAUUGUAGGGGCAGCUGGGUGGCUCAGUAGAUUGAGAAACAGAGCUAGAGACAGAAGGUCCUGGGUUCAAAUAUGACCUCCGACACUUCCCAGCUGUGUGACCCUGGGCAAGUCAUUUAACCUCCAUUGCCUAGCCUUGCCCUUUUCUGACUUGGAACCAAUACAUAGUAUUGAUUCCAACAUGGAAGGUAAGGUUUUUAAAAAAUAGGUGUAUUGUAAUAGGCAAAAGGGAAAAAAGUCAAUGAAACAGCUACAGAAGAAAGAGGAAGAUAGUUCAAAAAUAGUUAAGCGGGAUAGCAUCAUAAUUACUAUGUUAAUUAUAUACUUACAAAUUUUUAAGCUGUACAUAAUUGACAUUUGUGGGUUUGUAUGCAUUCUCUUUUUUAUUCUUCAUACAGGGAAAUGAUCAUGUUCAUAUGCUGUACAAGUUCACAGUUAAAAAAAAUGUUUAAAUCCAUUCUGUGUAACCAAUUAAUUGUAGUCAGGUGAAUCAAAUUCACACAUUGAUGUUUCUGAAAACAUGUCUCAUUCUGCACCUCUGCUAGGAGAUAGAGAUAGGAUUGAUCAUUACAUUGUUAAGAGAUCUGAAAUCCUUAAAAAGUUGUCUGUCUUUCUAUUUUUGUCAUCAUAUAAAUUGUUCUCCUGGUUUUGUUUGCUACACUUUGUAUCAGCAUCAUUUGAUACAAAUCUUCUCAGGGUUCUCUGAAUCCAUCCUCUAAUUGGUUCUUAGAGCACAAUAACAUUCCAUUAAACAAAUUUGAUAUUUGAAAAGAAAUUUUAACUGCCUUUUUACCAUCUAAAUUGGUACAAGAGUUUCUUAUGCUUCCAUGUUGGUCUCCUUAGACAGCUCCUCCUUUUGUUCUUCUUCACAAUCACAGUUAGAAUUUCAUUCAUGAAAGCUUCUUAUCCUAUUUAGGUAGAUUUCUUCUGGAGAACUGGUGCUUUCUUUGAUCCCUUUCCCAAAAUCUAAGACAAGUGUUUUAACUUGGUGGGGGAAGGGGGGUGGCAAGGAAAAAAGAUUGCAGUCCAUGAACUUUAAAAAAAUAUUUUCAUACCUACAUUUCAGUAUAAUUAGUUUCCUUUGUAAUUCUGGACUUUUAAAGACAUUCUGAGAAAGAGUCCAUAGGUUUGACUAGACUACCAAAAGGGUCCCUUAUCCAAAAAAGGUUAAGUCCUGCUCUUAGGUAUCUAUCAGACUAUGGUGAGUUUUUUCUCCCUGAUCAUAAGCUGUAAGAUAGUCACUUUUCCCUAAAGUUCUUAUAAUUUCUAAUUCAGUCAUCAUCUUUAUUUCUGCUGUAACUCCCUUGUUGAUUCUUUUGUAGUUUGUAUUUGUACAGCAUCUAGUAUAUGGCUUGACUGGCUGUUGAGUCAUAGAGUGGUAUCUUGACUAUCAAUCUAUUUAAUGACUGGAAUAAAGGGAGAAAGUUGAAAUGAGUGCUUUAAAAUGAGAUUUAUAGGUUUUUGUCAUGUAUGCUGUGCUCCCCAUCUUAAAACAUGCCUUAGCAUUGGGCGGGGUGGGGGGCAGCAACUAGUUUAACCUUCAUAAACAAAGGACACAAUAUUUUUAUACCAUCUUAUUGAGAACACAAACAAUUGGUUAGAUAGCUCCAUGCAUUGCUUUUUGAACUUGUUUUAAAUUCCCUCAGGUCCUUUUCUAAAGUUGUAGGUUAUAAAGAACUACUUUUUUGGGGGGUGUGCAGGACUGAUUUCUAUAAUAUUUUUCUUUUGGGAUGGCAUCUCUAUCCUUACCCUAAUCCUUAAUCUUUUCAUAUGGCCUAAUUAUUGGGUGAAAAAUCAAGUAGAAAGGAAAAAAAAUACUAAAGCUGCUCCUUGCAUUCAAAGUUCUUGUCCCAUGUAUUUCUCAGUCUGACUUUGGGCCUGUAUCCCUAUCAAUAAUCUUGAUGUCACCCCAAGGUCUUGCUAUGAAGGAGCAUGUUGUUGGAUCUCACUUUGACAGAUAAAAAACUCUAAUGUGUAUAAGCAAAAAUCUUCUCAGAGCAAAACUAUUAAGAUACCAUUUUCCAUGGAUUGGGGGGAGCUGCUCUUGAAUGAAAUGUCAGUGUGAUACAAUGCAAAGAUCACUAGAAUUGGUGUCAAGAGCCUUGCAUUAUGGUCAGAACUCUGCCACCAAAUAGUUGGACCUCAGUUUCCUUAUCUGUAAAAUAAAGGAAUAAGAUUUAAUGAUAUUCAAAUUCUCUUCAAGCUUUAAAUUUUUUUUACUUCCUGUUGGUCUGAUUGCCCCUUGUUCAGCCUUUCCUAGGUCUUUUGAGAUGCUGGGAAUCUAGAUCUCCCCAGGUGGAAGGAUACCCAUUUAUUUAUUAGAGCAACCUUCCCCUUCUCCUUAUCCUUUUCUGUAAUUUGAAACACUGGUUCUUGCAUGAUGGGAGUUGUGUUCCAACCCUGACUCUUCCAUCCCUACAAAAUCCUGACUGGUUGCCUCCUGAGAAACUUUGUGUGAGUGGCAGAACUUUUAAAUUGCCAUAUAGAUAUAGAGCAGAGUGGAAUUUCCUCUCCAGUGUCCUCAGUAGUGGAAGCCUCAAGAAAAGAGAACAGUUUAUGAAUCCUAUUUCAUGUUCCUUGUUGUUUUCUUUUUGUCUGAAUUACUGUCAUAACCGGAUUUUCCCAGAUUGACUUACUCCUUGUCUUUUUUUAAAUCUUCAGCUCGAUGUAUUAGACUGUUAUAAAAACUUACUACUUUAUGUUUACUUUUUAUAUGUGUAAAGUUUGUAAUAGCUCUCAAAGUGUAAUUUAUUGUUUUUUAAAUCUCAAGUGCACCCUUCACUUUGUAUUUACCACAAGUAGAAUUUCUCUGUGAUCUGUAUUAGAAACACUGAGAUGUAUUUGUACACUGGAACAAGAGCUAUAAUUUGUGACUGCACUCCAAAAUAAAUCUUUUAUGAAAUGUUUACACUAGGAUUUUCUAACAUGUAUGCUGACUAAUUAAAUGAAACUUCUUUCAGAUCCA